AUGGAGUGUUGGAGGGGAUCUCGGGCAGGAGGCGACAACAACAAUGCUUAUAAUAGCAUCGUGCGGAGCCUCAAGUGUCCUGAGAGCCCUUGCGGAGGAUAUCACAGCAUAAGCCAGAGGCUUGGUGGAUGCAUAUGGCGAAGCAGCAAAAUUGAUGGCAUUGGUCGAGACGAGUAUGUAGAUCUGAACGGAGCCCCCAAUCUACUGUUAAGGCUGUACGUUAAGACAUGGCGGUUACUAUUCAAAGCUCCGAGCGACGCUGCUUGUGAAGAGGGAUAUGCCGAUAAACACUGUAUAGAUAGUGAGGUCUUUGGUGGUCAUGAUACUUGGACAGGGAUGACGCUAGUCAGGCGCGGAAGGGAUAUCUCUUCCCACCCACUGAUGGCAGGCACGCGCAAGAGGCUGAGCUACAUGGCUGUUGACUAG